GCAGGAAGGGGAGGGGGCGGUUGCCUGGCGGUAGCAGUACGCGCAGGUCGGAGACAGGAGCAUGGCGGAAGAUGAGAGUGAUCAGGAGUCGGAGAGGCUGGUGGAGGAGCUGGAAGCCAUAGUAGAUGAGGAGCUGAGGGGGAUAGAAGGUGGCGAACAGAGGUGCCGGUUGUACUGUCGUCGGUUCUGUGAGAUCGUUGAAGAAUACACUGCACGGUGGCACGUCCCAUUGCCGCAGCUCCAAGUACUUCAAACGGCGCUCUGUUGCUUCACAUCCGCCAGCGUGUCUUUCCCGGAUGAAUGUGAGCACGUUCAGUAUGUUUUGAGUAGACUAGCUUUGAGUCUCUUUGAAUUAAUGCUGUUUUUUGGAAAAGAUGAGUUUUAUGAAACUCCAUUGAAAGACAUUCUUGGCUCAAUUCAGGAAUGUCAUGACCUUCUUAUACGAUACGACAAUAUAGACCUGCGAUUAGUCACAUGUGUAAUCAAAGAUGGAGGACCCUGGGAGGAUCCUGUAUUGCAAGCUAUACUUAAGGGAAAGUCCGAACCUCAAGACAUUGUGGACAAAUACCUGAUGUCUGAGAAUCAGCUGUUCUUUGAAUUCAGAGUGAGAUACCUCAUUGCCUGUGAACGUAUUUCAGAAGCAGUGGCUCUGAUUACAACCUGUCUGAGUCACCCAGAAGUCAGCAAAAAUAUCUACUACCAUCAAGCCUACUUCAUAUGCCUGCAUAUGACCAACUUAACGGAGAAGUUACUUCCUGAGCAUGUGCUGAGAAUAGACGCAAGUGACGGUGUAAAAAUCAUCUGCCGCAUUGAAAAAGAGGGGAAGACUCCUUUGGCACUGCAGCUGAGUGAAGUCUUUCUCAUCACACAAUUGCAGACGGGAAAAAUGUAUUGUAUAUGGGAUUUGAUUUUCAUAUGGACAAAACUUCAGUUAAAAGUGAACCCUUCAAAAGAAGUAUUUGUAGAACAAUGCUACAACAUGCUGAGGAUUGCUGCCAAUGUUAAAGUCAUUUUCCCCUUCAUGAAAGCCAUUAGAGAUGAAGUUGGUGAAGCUGGCGUGCAACUGUCAGUGGAGCUGUGUGGAUGUGCACUACAACUGGAUCUUCAUGAUGAUCCUGAAACAAAAUCUUUAAUUUAUAAAACUAUAGCUUACCUUUUCCCCACUGACUUGGAGAUAUGCAGAAUAUGUGCACUGUCGGUUUUCUUUUUGGAGCGCACCAUAGAAUGCUACAGGGACGUGGAACGUUUGUACAAAUACUCUGAUGAGGAGUAUAAUGAGUUUAACAGCUACGUGGAGAACAGAGUACGCUUUGAGUUGCUUCCCAUCUUAAAAAGAGGUUUAUUAUUUGAUCCAGAAUUCUGGAACUAUCAGAUGAUCCAGCAAAACUGUGCAGAGCUGCUUGGGGAAAAGUCUACCUUGAUUGUAUGUACAGCAGAACAGUCAGGCAACAUGGUGGAACCAAAUUUGCCCCAGGAUGACUCUGUGAUGCGGUUACGUAAUGGAGUAUUGAAGCACAAAGAAGCCAACAGCAAACUGAGACUUCCUUUGCAUUCUAGAAAGAAUCAUACUUUGCCCAGUCCUAAUAAAAUAGAACAUUUUGUUCCUAAGCAUCCCUGCACUUUGUGCAACAAAGAAUUUUUGGGAGGUCACAUAUUUCGACAUGCACAGACCCACCAUGAAGGAGGCUGCUUUACGUGUAUUAUAUGUGCCCGAAAGUUCAGGAAUAAAAUAAAAAUGAUGAGACAUUUGAAACAUCAUCUAAAGAAAAUGCAAAGGCAUUCAAUGAUGAGAUCUUCCGAUUCCUCCUCAGACAAUGCUGUCCAGGGUUGUUCGGAUAUCAGUGAAGUUAACUCAUCAGAAGAGUCAUCGGUGGCUUUGGAAAAUGGAAACUCUAGUAGUUCUGCUAGUGAAGGUUUAAAUGCUCUUCCCAGUGAAGAGGCUGCAAUAGAAUGCAUGACACUAGGUGAAAACCACCUAAUUGACCAUAACAUAGAACUUUUACAUCAUUCAACAGCUACCCAGACAUCUUUCUCCACAGAUGUUAGUAAUGCAGAUGAUAUAGUUGCUGCACCAGGUGAAAUUCAAGGAGGGGAGGAAAAGUCUGACAAGAACUUGACUGAAUGCAUUAAGCUAAAUGGGUCUUCUUUUGGUAAAGAAGACCCUGAUGUCAGCCACAGGGUCAACUACCCAUGCCCUGCUCAGGGAUGUUGCCGUGUAUUCCAGCGCGUAAGGGCUUUGAAUAAGCACGCACGGAAAGCCCACCCAUCUGACGUAAAGGUACAGCAACACAUAAUGAUGUGGAAUAAGGGCAAGUGCCGGUUCUGCCAGAGAAAGUUUACCAACGGUAGGCAUUUCAUUGACCAUUUAAAGAGACACACUUACCCAAAUGUCUACUUUUGCCAGCAGCAAAACUGCAAUAAAAACUUCAAGUUUGCAACUCAGCUGGCUGAGCACCAGUUAAGCCAUGAAUCUCUAAUAGUCCAGUGCUGCUUCAUAAACUGCACGGAAGUUUUCGAACAAAUCUCUUCCCUUUACGAGCAUGAAGCUCUGCACUAUGAACAAAAUGCCGGAGAGGUUGGUACUUCGUUAGCAAGCGAGGAGCCAGUAGAUCACGUUACUGUGCACAGCAGUCCACAAGCGGAAACUGUGAACCACCAGCGGCUUAAAGCAUCUACUAAAAAAAAAAAAACUGUCCGUGAAGAAGUGGUAGACUUGCCAGUCCCCAGCUGGAAGUCUAGAAAGGAUAUUGCGGAACCAAAGACCUAUAAACAGACUGAGAAAAAAAUUAACGAGGAUGUGCAAACAGCUGAGCAGGCUCUCCAAACGAAUUGUAUUGAUUCAGAAACCAAUAGGAGGCUGGAGACAGUUCAGGAAAUGCCAAUAAUUGUUGAUGGGGAACAAAUUCCGAAUGGAUAUAAUGUGCAGGAACAGACUGUCUCAGAAGAAGACACACCUGUAACAUCAGACAGUACUACAGAAACUGAUGCAGACAAACCACUGCAUUCAGAUACGGCACAGGACGUUGAGCAAAAAAGCCCUACCGUGGAAAAUAGUGGUGACUCCAAACCAAAUCAGCCCACUACAUCUACAUCAUAUGGGUCAGGUGGUACGCGGGUCUAUAGCAGGCCGUUGCCUCCUAGUUACCUAGAUGAACAGUACAUUAGCAUGCCAAAACGUAGAAAAGGUAGCCAGGAUCAAAUUGUUGAAAAAACUUCUGAUUCUAAAACUCCAGUGGAGAAACUGAGAUGCGGGAAGUGCCUAACGAACUACUGUAGCUCAGAAGCACUUGAAGAGCAUCUAGCACAAAAGAAAUGUCAGCUGUAUUUUGGGUUUGACUCAGAUGAUGAAAGUGCCUGGUGAAACGCUGCACAAGAAGACACAAAACCGUCCCCUUUUCCAGUAUAAAUUUGGCCUUAAUAGGACUUACCAGCUUUCAUAUUUUUACUGAAAAUACUUGUGGAGUGCUAGAUGUGUAUAUUUCAUGUCUCGGAAAAAAAAACAUGUUCACUUUCACAUUUUAGCAACAGAAAACAAUGUGCCAUGUCAUUUUGAAGUGUGUACUGCCUUGAUGGUUGAUUUGAAUAAAAUAUUUUA